CUCGUUGUACGGAGGGUGAAACUAAACUCCAGAAGCAGGGAUGACCUGCCCCAGGGCGCACAUUCAGGUCGCCUGGCUCCCGGGCUAGCCAGAACUUUUCCCAACACCUGUACAGUCCAGAGGCCCUCGGAGGGAGAAUGAGAUGGGUGGGGCCAAUGGGACAACAGAAUAUGUCCUGCUGGGACUACUUGGCCACCAUAACCUAGAGGUGGCCCUGUUGGUGCUUUGCCUGGGCAUCUACUCCAUGAAUAUGCUGGGCAACGGCCUCCUCAUAGGGCUGAACGUGCUGGACCCCCGCCUGCACAGCCCCAUGUACUUCUUUCUGAGCAACCUCUCACUUGUGGACAUCUGUGGCACAUCCUCCUUCGUGCCUUUCAUGUUGGUCAACUUCCUGAAAGCCCAAAGGAUCAUCUCCUUCCCUGGCUGUGCUCUGCAGAUGUACCUGACCCUGGCGCUAGGCUCCACCGAGUGCCUGCUCUUGGUGGUGAUGGCGUAUGACCGUUACGUGGCUAUCUGCCAGCCACUUAGGUACGCAGAGCUCAUGAGUGGGCAGACGUGUAUGCUGAUGGCGGUGCUGAGCUGGGGGAUAGGCUUUGCCAACUCACUGCUGCACUCCAUCGUCACCUGGAGACUCCCCUUCUGUGGCCGCAAUGUCAUUAACCACUUCUUCUGUGAGAUCUUGGCUGUGCUGCAACUGGCUUGUGGAGACAUCUCUUUCAAUGCGCUGCUUUUAAUGGUGGCCACAAUUGUCCUGUCAAUGACCCCGUUCCUGCUCAUCUGUCUGUCCUACAUCUUCAUCCUUGCUGCCAUCCUCAGGGUGCCCUCUGCUGCAGGCCGGCGCAAAGCCUUCUCCACCUGCUCUGCCCACGUCACAGUUGUGGUGGUUUUCUAUGGGACGAUCUCCUUCAUGUACUUCAAGCCCAAGGCCAAGGACCCUGACCUGGAUAAGAUUAUUGCAUUGUUCUACGGGGUCGUGACCCCCUCGCUCAACCCCAUCAUCUACAGCCUGAGAAACGCAGAGGUAAAAGCUGCUACCGUAGCUCUGCUCGGGGGAGAUCUGCUCUCCAGGAAAAUGUCCUGCUUUUCCUGUUGCUCUACGAUUGCAUCCGGCAGGAUAGGCUAGGUUACACUGUGGUAAUAACUUCAAAUUAUCAGUGUCUUAAAACCACAAAGGGCUCUGGCUGGUCAGGCUCAGUGGUUGAGUGCUGGCCUGCGAAUCAAAGGGUUGCAGUUC